AUGGCGUUCAAGUAUGGAAUUCCUGUGCCCUCAGAAAAAAUCACAUUCGGUCGAGCAAAUCGACUAUCACAAACCCCCAAUCUGACUCCGAACAAUACGACUUCGAUCUAUUCACACCAGACCACGAAUGCGCCCAGCUGUGUCGAAUUCGGCCUCAAAUGCCCGAACUGCUCGUUACCGAGAGCGCCGGGGGUGACGAAUAACAAGAACAAGAAUGCGCCACUGCCUGAAUCCGAUCAAGUGUCACCUGGCAAUGUGGACUUACCUCGGCCGGACAAUCCGAAUGCGCGUUCCGUUGUCGAUCAGACUGAGAACGAGGGAGACAAGGAUGACAACAAUCUCCAAAUUGAGGAAGAAGACAAGAAGGGAGAAGAAGAAGAUAAAGAUGACGUCAAAGUGGAGUGGUCGAAAUACGUUUCACUGCGACUCUACAAUAUGGCACGAGCCGACCCCUCACUCAUGACAAUGACAGCGGCAGAAAUCGAGCAACUCAAUGAGCAAGGUCUCAAGCAUCAAUACGACAAACAUUUCAGUCCUCGUGAGCGAACCUUGUGGGACGACGAGUCUUUGCCCCGACACCUGGUACUAAAGCUCAUCCGAUUCCGCCAAAGCAUCGAGCGCGAUGCAGCGAACGCCUUGGAGACAGAGGAAAAGGAACCGAACUAUGACGCCCAUAUCUUUGAUCAACUGAGCGACUAUUUGAGUGAUCUUCGGAACUACGCCUACGAACUUGUCGCCGAAGACCGCGAGCGCGAAGUGAAAGCGAUGGAAAAUAUGCAAGAAGCCGUCGAACAUUGGUCCGCAGAAGAGGAAUAUGAGUCCGCAGAGGAGGAAUACGAGCACCCAGGGGAGGACGACUAUCGCCCUUCUUACUCCGACCAAUCUCGAGACCUACCCGCGAUGGAACACAGUUACCCGAAUUCGACGCAACACUCCGAAUUUCCACCCGUCAACUACAGUAGUCGGAACACAUACGGGCAUAACAACUUCUUUGGGCAGAACGCAGCUGCACAAGACGAUUGGAGCGGUGGCGCUCCUCAGUCUGGCCGAGGCGAGACUACCUACUACGACUGGGAUGGCUCUCGUUCGCCAGAGGAGGAGACGACGUGGUGGUAG